UUUAUUUGUUUUGUUUUUCAGUGUGUUGAAGGCUGUAUAUUCCAAGACGUCUCCACAAGUUAUCAGAUGUACACCCAUCAGCCUUUCACCACCAAUAAGUACCAUCAACCAAGAUGACAGGGCUACCAACCCCACUCACCAUGAAGGAAUGGAGCUAAAAUUGGCCCUCUACCCUGCCCACAACCUACCACCUCUACCCAACCCGCUCCAGGACCUACAAACUAAAUCAACCUUGCUCCAGAGAUUACCAAGUACACCCACUCUGCAACAGAACCUUCCAACUGAACCUACCCAGCUCCGAAACCUAUCACCUCUACCCAACCCGCACCAGAACCUACAAAGGACAUCUACUUUGCUCCAAAACCUACCAAGUGACCCUACUCCACUCCAAAACCUUCCAACAGAACCUACCCAGCUCCAAAACCUAUCACCUGAACCUAACCUGCUUCUUAACCCACAAACCCAACCUACCCAGCUCCAAAACCUUUCACCUAAACAUAUUUUGCACCAGAACCUACACCCUGAACCUACUUUGUCCCAAAAUUCACAAUCUGAAUCUACUCACGCAACUACCACAAUGCUAGUAAAGCGAGAACAGUUGGACGACACCACCCCGCUACGAGGAGGCUCCCCAAGGGGCAGUCCGACUCCCCAGGGGGGCCUGAGGGGCUCCUCGUGGCCCCCCUCGCCAAGGGACAUGACUCCCUCAUAUGGCGGGGGUGGUACUCCCCUAAAUGGCUACCCUUCUCCCACCAUGUCAUCGCAGCACAGCAACUAUGACAGCUGCCUCAGUCCCAACAGCAAAAUUGGUGAGUCAGUGGAUAAUUUCUACAUUUUUUCAUAAUUUAUUUAGAUUUCA